GAUACCCAGGCGCCUGCGCUCUCUUUCUAGGGACUUUCCUGAGUGGGAGGGAUUUCGCCGGAACAAAAAUGCCUCAGUUUGGAGGUCGCGCUCACUGCGACGGCAGGCUUUGAGUGUAGCACUUGGUAGUUCUUCCUCUGCUCUGCUUCCCUUCGGAGGAAAAGUUCAGGCUGAAGGUUUAGCGGGUGCCGCCUCUAAAGAGAGCAAUCACUACACUUAUGGCUGGGAUUUUGCGCUUAGUAGUUCAAUGGCCCCCAGGCGGACUGCAGACCGUGACAAAAGGUGUGGAGUCUCUUAUUUGUACAGAUUGGAUUCGUCACAAAUUCACCAGAUCAAGAAUUCCAGAAAAAGUGUUUCAGGCCUCACCUGAAGAUCAUGAAAAAUAUGGCGGGGAUCCACAGAACCCUCAUAAACUGCAUAUUGUUACCAGAAUAAAAAGUACAAGAAGACGUCCAUAUUGGGAAAAAGAUAUAAUAAAGAUGCUUGGAUUAGAAAAAGCACAUACCCCUCAAGUUCACAAGAAUAUCCCUUCAGUGAAUGCAAAAUUGAAAGUAGUUAAGCAUUUGAUAAGAAUCAAGCCCUUGAAGUUGCCACAAGGACUUCCAACAGAGGAGAACAUGUCUAACACGUGCCUCAAAAGCACUGGGGAGUUAGUAGUGCAGUGGCAUCUGAAACCUGUGGAGCAGAAAGCACAUGAGUCCUAAUGCCCCAGCAGCUUCUGAUUGGAAAAUGCAAAUUGUUUUUAUUUAAAGAUGGUGAGAAAGUGUUUUCAUUAAAAUAUGUUUUCAAAACCAUUUUCAGGCCGGGCACGGUGGCUCACCUGUAAUCCCAGCACUUUGGGAGGCCGAGGUGGGCAGAUCACCUGAGGUUAAGAGUUCGAGACCAGCCUGACCAACAUGGAGAAACCCCCAUCUCUACUGAAAAUACAGAAUUAGCCAGGCAUGGUGGCACAUGCCUGUAACCCAGCUACUCGGGAGGCUGAAGCAGGAGAAUCGCUUGAACCCGGGAGGCAGAGGUUGCGGUGAGCUGAGAUGGUGCCACUGUACUCCAGCCUGGGUGAUAGGAUGAGACUCCAUCUCAGGGGAAAAAAAAAAAAAUUUUUUUGCACUGACUAAACCUGCUGCAGCUCUCUUUUACUACAGACUUGGAGAUUUUAGUUUAAUUUGGUUUAAUUCUCUGUCCUUUCCCUUUCACUGUUUCACUCCAAAACGUGUAAGAAUGGCAUUGUUUGAACAUCUGCGUUUGGGUCUACUGCCGCCUUAGCAAGCCUCAUUAACCAUUUUAUAAAAAUUGCGUUAUUGUUGUUGUUUUUGAGACAGGGUCUUGCUCUGUCACCCAAGCUGGAAUACAGUGGCAUGAUUUCAGUUCACUGCAGCCUCGACCUCCCAGGCUCAAGUGAUCCUCCCACCUCAGCCUCCAGAGUAGCUAGGACUACAGGCAGUGUGCCACCACAUCCAGCUAAUUUUUAAAAGUUUUUUCAUAGAGACAGGGACUCACUAUGUUGUCCAAGCUGGUCUCAAACUCCUGGGUUCAAGCCAUCCUCCCGCCUCAGCCUCCCAAAAUGCUGGGAUUACAGGCAUGAGCCACUGUACCCAGCCAAAAUUGUUUUCUUUUUUAAGUGAAUUCAACAAUUUCUGUGAGUGGCUCUUUGCAUGAACACUGUGCAAGGUGUUGGAGAAAUCCAAAGCUGACCAAAACAUGGUCCCCGCCUUUUGGAGCUUACAGUCUGUUCUGGGGAACAGAGAUUCAGCCAAAGUCAAGAAACACUGGAUGCCAGCUAGAUUAUCUGUUUUGUGCUUUGGUGUCUAUAAGUACAUAUGUGGAUAUGGGUUCAUUUUAUCCCUAAAUUUAGUACCAAACCAGCAUUUAAUAUCUAAUUAUAAAUCUAAUUUGGCCUAAACUUUAUUACUGCACACUGCCUGAACAAAACAUAUUCGUCUCUAUGUAAAUUUUUUCCUCAUGGAACAAGGGUGUGAAAUGAAAAUAUUUUAGGAUUUAUUCAAAAACAGACUAUUCUGUUUUCAGCUUCAGAAUUGUUCUUUGAAUCCUAAGGAACCUCUGUCAACAGUUGAGGUUGCUGUUGAAAAGAAAGAAGAAGGAGGCAGAAAUCUCUCAGGGAGAAUUAUUUCCUUUUUUUUCUAUUUCAGAUACCUGGGGGGUGGGGAGAAGUAAGAAUUGUAAGGGAGGUUCAAUAGUGGGGAAUUCUGUGACAGCUGAUUGAAGAUGAUGAUGAAGAACCUCUGCAUUCUAGUUACCCUUUGCUUCCCUUCGCCUCUUGUAAAAUUUGGCUUGGCAACAGUGACAUUGUCAUGCUUAUUGUCCCAGUAUCCAUCCUGUCGUAGAUCUUAAUGUUUUUGAUCAUUGCGUUAAAGUGGAAGUGCCACCCACAGUGAAACCAGAUCCCAUUAAUAAAUAAGCUUAAAGGCAAUUGCAGUUUUAAUUCCAUAGUUAUUGAAUAUCCAGUGUGUGUAAGGCCUGGAGGGGAGCCAAAGGACACUAACUUCUAAGAGCUCUGUCUAGUUGGAGAGAAACCUGUGUGCCACAACAUACAGUGUCCUUGCCUAUGUGCUAUGUGGGGUUGAAGACAUCUGUGAAAAUAAAAGCAGCCUCUGCUAAUUUAGUGCCA